AUGCCGACGGUCCAGCUACGGAAGAAUGCGACGAUCGCAACGGUCAGAUUCGGUGGAAACGAGCCGACGAACACGAUCGGGAUCACAACAGUCAUUACCCCGAUUGGAGAAGUCGUUUUCCACGUUAUCAAUAUGUCAACGCCCUUCUUGCUAUGCCUCAAGGAUAUGGACCGUCUCGGUGCCUAUCUCAACAACGUCACGAACGAAUUGAUCUGCGGCGAUAAGAGGAUUCCGAUCAUCAAGGCAGACGCACCGCGCAGGUUCAAAUUCACGUUAAAGGAUAACUGCGAUUUCAACUACGAAUUGAUCGUCGAUGUGGAGAGAUAUCACGCCCCGAUUCGAAGGGCAUACGAGAUCUUGAAAGCCGAGCUAAAAACAGCAUCAGCUGAGUCGUUGCUUCAAAUGGCCUUCAAAUCCGUCAAUGAUACCGCCGGACCUGACGGUCUAGUGCCCACACUACUAGUCUUUGAGGUCACAGUUGAGCUAGACAACGGGCCAGCUAAAUUUCGCAGCACGGCUGUCCAGCCCUACUUUCGCCACCCGGAUUCGCAGCAGCAACGAAGUCACGAUGUUCUACAGCAGCCACACGCUGACAAUCAGACUGCUGACAAUCAGGCUGAUAGCAUCAACGUUGAGACCGAAGUGCCUAAGCCAUUCGAAUAUCCCGAGCCGGAGAGACCACGCAGACGCGGCAGACCAAGAAAAGUCCCUCGAGAUCAGCAGCAAUACGAUACCUUCGAGUGCGCCGCCCUCGACCUUGCCGUAAAGUUACGUGCAGAGAAGAAAAUCACUACCGCCGGACGACCGUUUGAAGCCUCUGAUGACCUCGAAAUCACGAACCUGCUAGGCGCAGGCGUCAUCGUGCCCGAACGAUACGAUAUGAAUAAGCAUGGAAAACACAGGCUAUUCAAGUCACGAAUGGUCCGGGAGGUCAAAGGAUAUGGUGACGACGAGAAGCAGAUCAACGUCACGACCGCAGAGACCAACGCGGAUACCGCACUUCAGGUUAAUGCCUUCGGCGUUGCCGCGCUUCAGACUGAUGAUACGUUAUUGGUAGGCACAACAACAUUCCUGCAACGUGAAGACCGCGAGCUAUGCUUCCAAGCCAAGCCAAAGAAGACCCUACGAGAAGGCGAUACCUGUGAUUUCAACGGCAGCCUCAUUGCUCUAGAGAAGGGCUAUCUUCUAGUCAUGCAGAAAGGUCAGGUCAACAACCUCAAAAUUAUCGAUCUAUCCACGGAAGAUCGGGCCCAACGAUACGUGGAACAACGUGCCCAUCCAACCGCGGAGGAUUUUCAGGCGUUGAAUAAACGGAUCCAAUGGCAGAUCGACAAUCCACAAAGAGGCCUUCGAUUCGUCCCAAUAGGUCUAGAAGCAGCAAAGGUCUUCGUCUUCACAGACGGAUCAUUCGCCAACAACAAGGACUUAAGCUCUCAGAUCGGAUUCGUUAUAAUCAUUGCAACCGAGACUAACUCGACGAAGUAUUCGUACAGCCUGUACGAGUGCCUAGUGAAGCUUGGCACCACCACGGAGAAACGUCUGAUGAUCGAUAUCAUGGCGUUGAGACAGGCCUACGAACAACGCGAAAUCACCAACAUCCGCUGGAUCAACGGAGCGGAUAACCCGGCCGAUGCAAUGACGAAGCUAUCUCCAAACGGGGCCUUAACCCGAUUCGUUAACGACAACGAGAUCACGAUCCGGCUCGAAGGCUGGAGCGCACAUCGCAGGAGGGUAUCACCGGGGUACAUUACGGGCAUGGGCGUAUCUUACACGAGUUUCGACUCGCCGCUUGUUUGGGAGUCCGAGUACGAUAUCUGGACGGCGGGAUGCCGAUGUCCUGAUCUCAUCCUGCAGUCACUCGACGGCAGCAAGAGCACAAGGCUCUACACCGAAGCUACCUACGGCAAAUAUCUGGUGUUGUUUAUCGGAACCCACGCCAGCAUCGACUUUGGGCAUCUGAAUGUCGCAGUGCCGUACCAGGUCCGCCCUCUGGCGCCAGAAGCAGAAGGUGGCAAGAUGUUCAGGGCAGAUUGGGCCAACCGGGAUGAUUCGUUCGCCGUCGUGGUUCGCCCAGACAUGUAUAUCGGUCGUGUCGGCAAGGAUGCAAACAGCUGCAGGCUGUUCUUGGACGAGAUCUAUGCCUGA